CUACCUUGCCUCUAAAAGGGAGUUCAUGUCACCUGAGGAAGCUCAAGGUGUGACCAAUGAACUCGAUGCAGCUAGCGGCGACAGUUUGAUACUCAGCUUUGAUGAUUUUGCAAUGUUGAUGGAGCGUGAAGGUGGGGAUGAUGAUCUGAAAAGAGGCUUUCAGAUGUUCGCUGCGAAGAGUUCUGGGUCCAUUACAUUAGAGGGCUUGCAGAGGAUAUUUGGUCGCCUUGGAAACAAAAUGUCGUAUGAAGAGUGCAAGAGCAUCAUACAGGCAUUCGACUGCAACGGCAAUGGUGUGAUUGAUUUUGCCGAGUUCCAGCAGAUGAUGGCUUAAUCGUAUCAAUGUUUGCACCUG